AUGAUUAACAACGUCUUUGCAUUAGCAGAGAAGAUCCAAAAGGCUUCCAAACAAUAUGAAAUAAUGAUGUUCCCAUGGUUGGCAUUUGGCCACAUCCUUCCAUAUUUCGAAUUGGCCAAAAGAUUGGCUUCAAAGGGGAUCCAUAUUUCCUUCAUCUCUACUCCCAGAAAUAUACAGAGAUUGCCUCCAGUUCCCGAUAACUUAAUUGAAAACAUAAAGCUUGUCCAGAUCCCACUGACGUCAGUCGAUGGCCUGCCCGAGAAUUCUGAGGCUACUAUAGACUUGCCAUUAGAGUGCACUGAGUAUCUUAGGAAGGCCUGCGACGGGUUACGCGAGGCACUAGAGCAGCUCUUGUGCAAGAUUUCACCCGACUUAAUCCUAUUUGAUUUUGUUCAGUGCUGGAUCCCACAAAUAGCCGCCAAAUUCAGCGUGCCUUCUGGAUAUUUUAGUGCGUAUGCUGCUUGUACACUUGCAUUUUUAGGGCCACCAGCAGAGCUCGAGUCAUUUGGCCGGGGAAAGAAGCCAGAAGAUUUUGCAGUAACUCCAGACUGGUUUCCUCUAACUUCACUAGUGUCUCAAGGUCCUCACCUGGCACAAAAGAUGUUCAAGAAUUUAUACUUCCCUGAUAAAUCCAGCUUAUCAUGCAGCCAAAGGUGGGCAGCAACUCUACAUGGUUGCGAAUUUGUUGCUGUGAGAAGCUGCUCAGAAUUUGAAGGUGAAUAUCUAAACCUUCUUAGAGGACUCUACCGGAAACCUGUACUGCCAGUAGGUUUAUUGCCUCCAUUGUCCAAGAACAAAGCAUGUGAUCAGGCUACCGGCUCAAAUUGGUCACAUAUCUCCAAAUGGUUGGACAAACAAGCUAGAAAGUCUGUACUGUUCGUCGGAUUCGGAACAGAAUACAAAAUGCCUCUGGAGGAAAUCCACGAGUUGGCAUAUGGGCUCGAGCUCUCUGAGAUGCCUUUCUUCUGGAUCCUCAGGAAGCCCGGAGGACUAGAAUUUGAUAGCUCUGAACUGCUUCCUGAUGGGUUUCUGGAGAGAACCUCAGAACGGAGUAUGGUUUCAAUAGGGUGGGCUCCGCAAUUGGCAAUACUUGGUCAUCCUGCUAUCGGAGGGUGUCUGUACCAUUCUGGGUGGAGUUCUAUCAUUGAGUCGCUUGGAUUUGGCCAUCCACAGAUUACGAUGCCCAUGGUAGAUGACCAGGGCCUUAACGCAAAGCUGUUAGUGGAAAAAGGUGUCGGGUUCGAGGUGCCCAGAAAUGAAGAUGGAUCAUUUCACAGAGACGCAGUUGCCAAGUCCAUCAGACUUGUGAUGCUGGAAGAUCAGGGAGAAGGAUUGAGAGUGAAGGCAGCCCAUAUACAGAAGAUUUUCGCCGAUCAGGAUCUUCACGACAGUUACAUCAACGACUUUGUAGAGUUCCUGUAUAGCCGCAGAAAAGGAUCAUCAGAUACCCACGAUAGCUAA